CUGUACGUGAACGCGGAGGAGGCGAUCCGAGAUCCGAGUAGUUUUAUCGAAGUUUUCUCGAAGUGCGAAAUUUUUACGAACGACAAACCCACUGCGAAAAUGGCCGAGGUAACGGACUUCGGACCGAGAAAAACGUUUUUUAUACUCGCGGUCGUGAUCGGCUGUUUCACCGUGCUGUGGCCGAAAAUUCUGCAACCUAUGUUCAUAGGAUUUGUCAUUCCACAUCACUCUACAUCAGACGUGUGCUGCGAAGUGAUAUUCGAAAGCGAUGUCACAGCAGUGGACAUCAUGCAAGAAAUGUGUCAAAACAUAUUGAGACAUCAUCCAAUUGAUCCACGCGUGAGAGACGCCUUAAAACUUAGCAAGCUGACCCCUCAAACCGCGAGUUUGUGUAGAGAAGAGGUUCUAGCUAGAUGUGGCAUAGACUUGUCGUCUUUUCUUGCCGAAAGAGAAAGUUUGGGAAAAACCUAUAAACAAGUGCUGGAGGAAAUAAGAUCAUUCAAUAGCUCCUUUUGCCUCAAAAUGAAUUUUGGUGUGCCACUGUCGCAAUUAGGGACACCUCAUCUUAUUAGAUAUCAUAUCUUGAUGCCACACAAUGCUAUACCACAAGAACGUCGUACUCCUCCUCAUGCAGGGGGAAUGCAUCCUGCACUGAGAGAAAGGGGAAGAGCCAUACCAUCCUCUCAUAUUGUACCAAAGAUAAUCGACAGGCCACCGCCACCCGGCGAAUUUAUGCCAAAAUUGCCAAAAAUGAGGCCACCUCUCGGUGGUGCUGGUUAUGUUGUUCCACCCAAAGGUUCCACCAUCCUAUCCAGCAUGGGGAUUGUUAUGCCAAUGUAUACAAUAGGAAUAAUCGUGUUUUUCAUAUAUACCAUUAUUAGGAUUCUUAGAAAGAAUACCGAUAGCGAGAUUAUUUCGGAAUACCCAGGAGCAGCUGCUGAAAAGGAAUUUCGAAGAAAGGUAUUCAGCCCAGAAGCUCUUGCUGCUGCAAUGACUGGAGGGCAUUCCAAAUUCCAUUCAAUCAAUCCAUAUUAUCUAAGAGAAAAGUCACCGUACAAGACUGCUCCAACUAUUGAGGAAUUAAACGAUCAAGCAGCAGGAGACAUAGAGAUAGAUCAACUGAGACAACGAUUGGUCGAGACGGAAGCAGCCAUGGAAAGAAUUGUUGUCCAGAUGGGCAACAUAUCACGUUCAGUAAAGCAUAACGCGAGCUCUCAGCCAGAAAUCAAGGAGGACACUGCAGACCAGGAAUCACAUAGUAAGGAAGAUGAAGAAUUAGACAUAACAGAACAAUCUCCAACUGUUAAAGUUAUGGGUAUGGAAAUGACAGCUAGUUGUGAAAGUGGGCAGAAAUGUAGCAGACCCACCACUCCCAUUAUUCCUACACCAAGUAACAUUGAAAGAGAAAAAACGCCGCCAACACCUAUAUAUUUAGAGGGUGCACUUCCACCGCAAUGUGAAUUACUAGUAACCGAUUCAGAAACUCAAGCUGAAAAAUCAGAGGACGAUGACGACGCUCCAGUUGUUCUCUCAGGCAAAAUGACUCUCUCUCUCAUCAGUCUCGACCAGAUUCCAGCUGAUUCAGAAGCUGAAAAUCCAGAUAGUAAGAAAAAAAAGAUUUUGGAUAUCCAAGCGGAAAUUAGAGAUGUAACAGAUAUGAAAAAUACAAUAUUGCAAAAGGAGGAAGAUAAAAAAAAAAGAGAAGGAAAGAAGGAUAAAUGUAGAGAAAAAAUAGAGGAAGAGGAAACUGAAGAGGAAAUAGAGGAAGAAGAAAAUGAAAAAGAAGAGGAACUAAAGAAAGGGGAAGUAAAAGAAGAGGAACUAGAGGAAGAAGAAAAUGAAGAAGAGGAAGAAGAAAGUGAAGAAGAGGAAGAGGAAGAAGAAGAAGAGGAAGAAGAGGAAGAGGAAGAAGAAGAAGAAGAAGAAGAAGAAGAAGAAGAAGAAGAAGAAGAAGAGGAGGAGGAAGAAGAAGAGGAAGAAAAAGACACGGAUUAA